AUGGCAGAAUGCAAGCCCAAACUUAUCCUUACCCUGUCCCUUUCGCCUUCCAAGGUGACGCUUUUGGCACUAGUCACCUCAUACUGUGCCGGCGUCCUACCGCGCAAUCGCAAUGCCGAGGUGUUGGACACAAUAAUCCGGUUUAUCGACGGGUUCUCGUCAAAAGAGGAAGAUCAGAUCUCUACCCUUUUGAUUUUGCCAUCAUUAAACGAUAUUCUUGGCAGCUUGAAAGAAACUAUUGCCGAAUCCAUACGCGAACAGGACGAGAGCCCUACCGCGAUAAGCGAUUUCCACCAAAUCGAAAGAAGCCUUCUCACCACCCUUUGGUCCUUCAGGUCCCUUGAUGCACUUACCUCCUUUAUCACUCGAGCGAAAGCGCUACUCGUGGAUACCCCAGCCCAGGGUAAGCAGCUUCUCUCGCAGACAACCAAGCUCUUGGCCAGGUCAAGUUUUCUAGGAAGGUUUGUGUCGAUGUUGGUGCAGGACUUUGGGCUUAUUGACUUUGAUAGCGCUAUACAGCUCUUUGAAGCGUUCAGCGAGUACCGCGAAGAGACCAGAUCCCAAUGGGAGGAGUUCACAGGUGCUCUUACGAGGAAGCACGAGGAUACCACCGAAGACAACUUUUUCGAGGAUUUGAUGCAGAAGAACCGACAGCUAAUGGGUCUAGAGCCUCUGGGGGGAGUUGUUUCGGUUGGCAAACAGGAGGUGAUCAUGUUGGCGACAGGGGACUUGGAGAAGCUCAUCGAUAAGCAGAUAUACCUUCUUGAAGCCUACGGUACGCCCACCCCCCCUGCGUUGAGGAAAGUUUUGGGCCUCAUGACCCAGCUAGACAAUGCUGUGAUUCCAUCUUCACACUACGCCAAAUAUUUGGAGCACCUACGGGAUAACGACUACGAGGGCGCCUUCGAGUGCCUACACAGAUACUUUGACUACAUGAUGUCGCAUAAUUCCAAGAGCUUCUACCACUACGCGUUGCUAUCACAGGCAACCUUGCACGCAAACUUCAACUGCGACAACGAGGCCUUGCGAUCGAUCGAAGAGGCGAUAUCUGUGGCCAGAGAGAACAAGGAUGUGAACUGCUUGAACUAUUUGCUCGCUUGGCUAUUUAACUUCUUGAAGGACAGGCCCAAGCUCUUGCGCAGUCAAAACUUUUAUGCCACCAACGACCAACUUUUGCAGUUCCUCAAAGCCAAGUCCAAGCAAACCUCUCAGUCCCUUCACGCUAUGGCGUACCAGUUUGAGGCAUUGCAGAUAAUGCUAGACGGUGGCCCUUUGAACAACCUCCUUGAAACGCUCACAAAGGCUUCCUUUCUCUCGAUCAAUGACACCAUGCCGACGUUUAUCAGGAAUUCGGAGCUUCAGGCCACUGUUUGGAGCCGAAUUGGGUUGUGCCACUCGGCAGAGUUCUACGUUGAUAUAGCGCUAGAAGCGUGCGCCGUCAAGAAGAACUUGCCGGACGAAGUUUCCGUGUCUAUCCGCAAGGCGUAUAUUUUGUAUGCCCAAGGCGACAAUGAAAAGGCUUUUGCCCUCUUGAACAAGUACAAGGAAAUUGUACUCAAGGAUGGUGCACUUUUCAGGCAAUGGGAAUCUCGGAGACUAGUCUUGUUGAUCAAAAUGUCUUUGAACAAGGGCAGAUACAGGAUUGCUGAAACAUACCUCGAUCGUUUGAAGGCUCAGAAUGUGGUUGACUUGGAUCUUCAGUACGAGUGCGACUACCUUUUGGCUAGGCUUUGGACGUGCUUGGAAAACUACUCGCAGGCGCUCCAGCUAGUGCUUGGGCUCACCUCCAAGUUUCAGAAUGACCAGCAGCAAAACGCUUACUGGUCGCUCAAGUUCAACCUCUUGGCGGCGCAUAUUUUCACCAAGACAGCUGUUCCUAACCGUGGGUUGACCCUUACGAUUAAAAGCUUGACGCUUGCAAAGAAGGCGGGGUUGAUGCCCUUGUUGAUGGAGGGGGCUUUGGUGUUGUCCGAGAUCUUGCUUUUAUUGGACCAGGAAGCGGACGCCUUCCCUAUUUUGGAAUCGGCCAUGCCGCAAAUCUUACUGCUUGACAACCUUGAACUCAAGUCCAAAGCGUAUUAUUUGUUGGCGAAAACUGCGUUCAAGCUUCUCAGCUCCACGGUGUUGGUUAAGCAAAACGGGAAGAUAGACAAGCCCGACAAACGACGUCUAAACCUCAUCCUCGACUACCUAGCCAUCGCCAUCAACGGCUACAAAAACAUUUACUGCUUUAAGGAGAUGAUUGCAUGCUUCCAGGUUGAGGAGCGACUUGCCACGUUGAUCAACGAAGAGGCUUUAUGCCAGCACGCGACAGAUGCCAUCGGUAAGUUGAUGCAGCGGAUUAGUGAAGAAUCCAGAUAUGGGAUCAUCGACUAG